UGUGUCAGUUUGCAGAGUCACUUCGUCGGAGUGAGUUCGGACUCGUCACGUCUCUCGCUGCGAUCACGUGCGCCGGCCGAGAUUCGUCGAUCCCUCCGCGUCCUUUUCACGGCACUGGUUCGGUUGACGCCGACGUGAAGGAAUCGCUGAAGCCCUUCAUGGAUUACCGCAAAGACUGGACUUCGGCCGCACGCUGGACUAGACUGGGAGCUUAGCCAGGAUUGAACGAGGACGCCCCCCUAGAACCGGGCGAUUUGGAACACGAGGCGGGACACUGAAGUCGACGUCUGACGCGAUGGGCUACGGCGUGAGCAGGCAGUCGGUGCUGCGCGGCGAAGUGGACCCCGAUCUGAGCAACUCUCUGACGGCCCGACAAGCCGAGUUGGUCCGAUCCACUUGGGCUAUCGUGUCGCAGGACCUUGCCGGAACAGGGGUGGUCGUCUUCAAGAGGCUGUUGACACGGUACCCGGAGCUGUGCCGCCUGUUCCGCAAGUUUAUGACCCUGAGGGACGACGGGACCUACGACUGGGACAUGGAAGGACUGCAGCGGCACGCCCUACUCGUCAUGCAGGGGCUCGAGGCCGCCGUCGAGAACCUCGACGACAGUCGGGUCCUCGCCGACAUCCUCUACGAACUGGGACGCAAACACGCGCGCUUCAACGUCCACGAAGACAUGUUCGACAAACUAUGGCACGCACUCAAGUUUGGCCUGGAAGACGCCCUUCAGGACAGAUUCAACCGCGAGGUGGCCCAGGCGUGGUUCAUCAUCUUCCGGUUCCUGUCCAGAAAGAUCAUCGAAGGCAUGCUGGAACACAGGGCCAAGAUGGCGGAAGAGAAGGCGAAACAAGAAAUCGGAGACAAACCGGACAAGAUCACCGACAAGGGCAAGCCCCGUUAACCAGCUGCCCGGAACUGCGCCUAGUUAUCACGUUUUGCAACGUCACUUCCGCCGCCACGGAAUGGUCGGCGUUGUGGGGGCGUGCACUUUGAGGAUUCGGCAGCUACGAGUGCGCACAUUGUGGUGACGUCAUCGUGAAUGGUUGGUGGUUCGUGACGCUGUGACUUUUUAAACUUUUGAAAUAUCGCCCGCUUCUCGUCGCAAGAAGCUGAUUGAAGCUUGCAGAAAUCAAGGGUUUUGUUAUACAUACAUAUAGCUUCAGAUGCCGUCUUGUCUGAAAGCGUACGAAAUUGCGUCUGUGUGUUCUCUGCGCACCAAACCGGCAAAAGAUGCCGAAUAUACUUUAGUGCGACUGUGUUGUGUUUCAUCAACAUUGUGUUUGCAUGCGUGAGCCACAUAUUAUUUUUUUUUGUCUUGUUUAAUAUGCAGGGGACGUGCGAAUACCGAUUUGAUUUCAAUAGCACUGCGUCAUUCAUAAACUUCCCGAUGAGAGGAAAAGCCACAACAACCGGUUUUCAUAACACUCUUAAACAUCAGAAGACACUGCACUAAUCAAUGUGAAUCGGUAUUUGCAAACUUCUACUAACAUGAGUAACUGUUAUUCUUGUGACGUACUUCGCUUUAGUGACUGCCUUACUGCGCUAUGAUUGGUCUUAUUGAUCCGUUAUGAUAAGCCACGUUUAGAGCAAUCGACACGCCAUUUUCUGAUUGGCUCGCGUGUGCCACCAGUAUGGUGCUCCGUGCAGAGCUGGCGCAAUGGACCCUUUUCAGUAAAUCAGUGCCAUCUGGCGGCUCAAAUAUCAGUCUAAAUGUUUGUCUGCUACUGGUGGUGAAAAUCCAGUACCUAUUCGUGAACGGCAGACGUACGAAAGUGGCGGUAUUCUUCGCUCUUUCCCAAUAGACCCUUUCAGGAAUUCAGUGUCAUCUAGUGGCUCAAUUAGCAGUCCAACCGUUUUAUAAGCAGGGAUCGACUGCAGGCGAGCUCGUAAUGAAUCGACAUCUUGUAGACCAUGAGAUGCCAAAUGUUUUUAUGCUAAGGGCAGUGAGCGUCUAGUAUCUAAUCGUUCAAGGCAAACGUAUGAAAUUGGCGGUUAUUUUCUUUUGAUAAAUUUGUUUUCGUUCCGAAGGUGAAGAAAAAUGUCCCUCUGUGCGAGACGUUUAUAGGGCAAAAUUUUCGAUGAAAAUCACCGUAUGAAGGGUCUCGUGGGCCAAGUGCUUGUCAACAAAUUUAUUACGCGUGAGUCCGAAAAAACGCCGACGCAGCGUUUGUGUUUCGUUGGUAGGUAUUCACUGACUGACAGAACCAUUUGUUUGUUAGGGGCUGUCUGGGGCGUGCCGAUGGCGAACGUUUUAAGGAUUCCCGUAAUGCUAUGUUCCUACUACGGACGCAACGCGCCAAUUUUUCAUGACACGCGCAAACGUGAGUACAAGAAGCGGAACGAUUUCGUUCAGACUAAAACCAAUCGUGGUCUGAACGAACUCGUUUUCUUGCUUGCGCUUUGGUUCGAGAAUGUUGUGAAAGGCAGGCGCGUUGCGUCUGUAACGUGAACAUAGCACAACACUCUCAACUCCUUAGAGCGCACAAGCUGACAUCGAGCAACAAAAAUUGCAGAACAGCGUCUGGGAUGUGCAGGCUUCGGACAUCUGUGCAUGUCUUCGGCUUCUUCCUUCAUCAGGCACCCCCCGCCCCUUCUCCGCGGAUAAAUCAUAUAUACUUCGAUGAUGACAGUUAUCGAAGUAGCAAGAGUAAAUUUCGAAAAGGGUCUAUUGGCGAUUGCUACGAUACGAAAAAAAAAAAAAAAGUGUGACUUCCUGAGCUUCACAUGCGGUGUAAGGAAACUCAGACGAUGUUUGUUCUCCUCUGUCCCUGACUGUUUUACACAUUUCUGCGAGACGAAAAAAGCUUUUCUCCGAUCCGAAAUAAAGCUUCAAAUAGAAAGUAACAAUUUUUUUCUUUAGCAAACCGAAUGGCUGACAUGUCGUUUCUCUGAAUCGUAGCUUAUUUAAUAGCUGGAGCUUCUCCCCACCAUUUUCCUUCUGUUUUUUUUUGUUUUUUUUUCUCUUGGGCGUAUUAGUUUACGAUUAUUAUUAUUAUUGCGUGUUCAGCCGACAUUGAGGAUUGUCUGUUAGCUAUGUUGCUUGCUUCAUAGAUAAAUACCCACAUGCAUCGAUAAUUUUUUAUAAUUAUUAUCAUUAUUCAUUAUCAUUAUUUUUCAUACUCGUAUUCACCUGAAGAACAGUAGUAAAUCAAGUCCGGCUUCUCGUGCGACGUUACCAUUUUUCCCUUCGUGCGUUGAAUCAAGCGAUACGUAGACGCAUCUUAGAUUAGCCUUGUGUUAUUUUAGGAGUGUGGACACAUUUCGAACGCCAAAAAGGCGUGGCUUCUUGCUUCGACAACCCAAUCCCGUGAGAACUACUUCGCGCAGCGCAUGAGUGAGUCGCCAAACUUUCUUUUCCCCUCAACGUCACGACGAAUAGAGUGUCUUGUCUUUUGUAUGGCUAGCUGUACGGUAAGUCUUUUUUUUUUUUUCCCUGUUGUUUUAUGGGAACCACAAGCUGCGUGAUUCCGCAACAUUCGAACGCCGCGCCCAACUAAGAAACAAUCACGUGAGAUGUUUGUUGCAAACUAUCAAAAACGAGUUUCCAAACAAACAAAGAAAAACACCCAGCCUUCCUGAAUAUAAACGUCGCGUUAUGUUCGGAGAAGUGUUGAGACGUACAUGAUCAAAUCUGGUUGUAAAUUAAAUAUUUGCUAUAUUCGGCGACCUUCGAGGUCGAAUUUGAUAAUCCUGGAGAAAGAAUGCGAACAUUAAAAUGUAGAUAUGUAUGUAUUUCAGCGUUGUCGCAGUCUGUCACCCUCAACGUUUAACUUCUCAGUUUGCGUACCCCGCUUACUUAUCAGUACCGGGGGGGAGAGUACAAUCAGGCCAUACUUAGUGAAUUUUUAAGCGAGGCUAUCCCGUAAAGCAAAACGAAAUGACGGCGACUAGUAAUGUACGAAAACCCCCAUAAAAGGCCUUGAUAACUGCUACAGCUGACCAUGUGAGAGUAAUUAUUGAAAUUAAAGCGUCCUAGAAAACAGCCCUUUUGCUUAAUACUUGACUGAUAAGUAUCCUGCUUGGAUGAGCACUUGCAGACUCGGAUAUCGUCGAAUGUGCGAAAAAGUUUUACAAUUUAAAAACACUUGACAGGAUCAUCAUACUCUAACCGAAUAACCACCCUCAUUGUAAGUAAGUGCCAGAACGAAAUUAUAUUUUUCCACGUGUAUCAGAAGUAUGGACUCCUGAGAAUUGAAGAGAGCGGUAUUGAUGGGAAUGACGUACGCGAUCAAACUGAGGAAAUCAUGCGGUGUAAUGAGGCUUGUGCGCAUGCGUGAUGGAUAAGCUAUUUCAUGCGUCAUAACUGGACUAUCUCAAGCCUGAUUGUAGACUAUACGUCGGUGUAGUGCAGGAAACUACAAUAGUCAAACAAAAUAGUAACACCUGGGAAGAAUUUAUCAUCCUCAUAACGCGUGCAAGCAGAGCGGUGUUUUCGUCAGAUGUAAGAAACUAUUAUAGUAUAAUGUUUAUUAUAAAUUAUAACUCUAACCAAGUUCUAGUAUUUAUGUCAUUCUCUCUAUCUUCACACAUUUCUCAAUGGACUUUUUUUUUUUGUCAGAUGAACCGCCAUUUGCUUUUUUCACCAGCAACUUAUACACUACGGGAGCUGUUCCAUUUAUGGGUAUGCUCGUAGCGGUUAAAGUGUAAUGACGCUGCACCAUUCACAGCCACGACGACUCUCUUUGCGGUGUUGAAGCAAGAGAUAGCGCUGCCCUAUUCGAUUAAAAAAACGCAGCUUUUUUUGUUAAAAAAACAUUGUAACAAGCUUCUUCUUUUUUUCUUUUAUAACGAGCCAAAUCAAUGUUAUCUUCAGGAAUUCUUUUCCGUUUAUUUUUCUCUCGACCAAUAGAGGGGCACACCUGCCAACAUAGGACAGACGUUUUUUCAGUGUCGCGUGGCAUACGUGAGCUAAGCGGAAUUGUUACCACUAGAAAUCUCUAAAACGUCUCAUGACCCCGGAAAACUCAAGUUAUGAUAGGUUCAAACUCGAUGUAGCCGCAUUAUCUGGACUGUUAGAAUAUAGAGACAGCGAGAGCUGAGGAAACGCAGGACGCGCCAAAUUGUGCUGGUCACGCUUCUCCCUGGUUCUGAUCGGUGAAUAUACCCCAAUCUUAUCUUGGUUGAGAAUCGGUGUUUGAAAACGCUCAGGACUUGAUCGUCACACCCUGGGUUGAUAAUAUUCAAAGUCGUUGAGACCUCAAGAAUCAAACGCCACGCUGACUCGCUUCCUUCACUUUUUUUUACUGUUUCGUGAUUUGUUUUUAUGCGUUCUUACCGGUCAAUUCUUCAGUCUAAUUGGCUUCGGAGUGAUAUAAUAAAACGCCCGAGACGUGUCACGUCCUGCGUUUCUGAAGUUUUCGGUGUCUUUAAAAGGUUUUUUGCCGACGCGCGAACCAAAUAAAAAAAAGGUGUUGCAUUUUUUUUGUUCGAUUUGCCUCGCGCAAUGGUGUAAAAACCUUUCGCGUGUCUGCCCUUGGAAAAAAAAAAGUGCUGUGCUAAAUGUAUUUUAUGAUGCCUAAUUGUGUACUUUCAUGAAACAGUUCGCGAAGCAUGUUUAAGGAAUAUUUUAUAAGUUUACUAAUGGUACAUCACUAAUAUACUUUUAGUGUGUACAGGUUAGUUGAAAGAACUCGGACGGACGGGCGGACUGCGGAACCACUACAAUACGAAGUCCAUGAAAUUUAUAUUAAAAGCUUUCUUUAGACACCGAAAGCAUGCUAUGAAUAAACUUUCACUGUGUACUUUUCUGUGUCAGGAGGGUACAUAUUUGGUAUACUUUAAGUUGAAUAUUGUUGAACAUGGGUCAGAAUGUUCUGUGAAAGUAAAGUUUGUACAUGAAGGUUUUUUUUUUUACUUCUUUUUUCAUUAGUAUUAUGCACUCCACAGAUGUUCUUUUACGAAGCGAUAUUGUAAAACGUUUAUUAUCGUUCAACUCUGCAAAACCCAAACGAUCAAUUUGUCCGAAGUGUGUACAGCCAAGUCUCAUUAAUAUGGAUCCCGUUAAUGUGAACAUCCAGUUAUAUAAACAAAAUGUUCGGGAACACUCUGCGCAAAUACAUGUAUUUUUAUGUGUAUUAUGAACGAAUCUAGGGGAGAAGGGGAAUGUUCAUAUUAACGAGGCAUGACUGUAUUAAUUAAUUACCCCAUUCAUCAUACUGCGUCCAAUAGGUCCCGUUGAGUAGAUCAUCACCGAUGUGUCAAUGAGCCCAGCAAGACUUGACGCCACUUGAGACCAAGUACAAAUGUGAUUUCCCUGUCGCAUGAUAUCUUCUGUCUAGAGCGGAAUGUGACCAUUCAUGUUCACGUCAUGCCAGGUCGGGAAAAAAUAGCUUACCCUAGUGUUAACCUUAGAAACAGUAUAUUUUUAAAAGGUGAAGAGCAGUAUUACAAUUGAAAAAGAUACCGCAGAAAGAAAAAUUCCACAAUUUGGCCCUCCUGUGUUUAAAGAUGCACAAAAGUGGGCUUCGACUUUGUACUUUUAUGGCCCCAACUUGAUCUAUGGACUUUAAAGCAUUUCGAACACAGCAGAAUGACGUUGCGCGCGUUCCGAGUAUUGAUAAAGGUUACCAUCAAAGAGCUAUUAUUAAGUGCAGGGUAGGAGGUCAGAAUUAGAAGGAAAGAAUUUGUGUAUGAGUUGAGAGUAAUCUUUCUUUUUUCGCGCGUGGUUACGAGUUUCGAGCAAAUGAUCAACAGUGGCUCUUCCGUCCGCAAGAUUAGAGCAGACUUAGAGUCGCACUCAUAAGUUCAAGCUCAAGUUUUUUUCAUUCUCAUGAACAUUAGUGCGAUGUAUUAAAUAUUAAAUGAUGAGGGAGUAACGAAUAAUUUAGAUUGGAAACUAAAACUCUUAAAAUAAACCAGCAUUUGAAACAAAUUAAAGUAAAUUCUAAAAAAAAAAAAGGUUUUGUACUUGAAAAGCGCCGAAAGAAGAUUAUUGUCAGCGGCAAUGGGGUCGACAAGUUCCGUACUUGUGAUAUGCAGGGGGAGUGGAGAAAAUAGAUUCAGUUAGAUCAUAAUUUUAAUAUUAAGUUUUGAAGAUAUCAUUACACUGUUGAAAUAUAUGAAAUCAGAAGGAAAAUUAAAAUAAAAGUAAAUAUAGCUAAGUUGAGGCAAGCUAAAGCAAUUGUUAAUUAGAA